AUGCUCGCUUCUUCGUCGUCCGGUUCGCACACGCCGCCUCCCACCCGCGCCGGCGGCGUGCUGAAGCGAUUGCGCCAGAUCUUGUGGGAAGGCGUCGGCCGCGAUGCACCAGUAGUGGAGGAGUCGAGUGCACCACCGCGCGCCGAGCCAGCCGCUAGUACCGCCACCACACCGCAACCACCCCACACCGCUGCUGGCACGUCGAGGCCUGCGCCGACCAGACAGUCGACCAACACCGCCGCCGUCGGCGUCGUCGGCCCGCCGACACUACACCACGAGCACCUGCUCAAGGAGGCCCUCAAGCGCAUGAGCAAGCACAGCCCGCUGCAGACUCGUCUCGCCCUCGUCAACGAAGUCUGCGAGUACUCGCGCUCCUACAGCAUCGACGACGUGCUGACGGUGUGGGGCACGGUGAAGGACCUCGUCGGCGAGGAUCAGCCCUCGUACGUUCGGAAGCUGGGCUACGAGAUCAUGCACGCCCUCAUCGACGGCCAAUAUGACAGGCUGGGCUCGCUUCGGAUGGAAUUCUUCGCCGUCAUUCAAAGGAACAAACACAAUUUUGUUGCUCGCCUCAAGAACCUGGUGGCGCUCACUAAGAAUGGACACAACAUCGCACCCUUUGAGAACGACAUAUGCCAGCUACUGCUGACGUGGCUGGAGCGCGGGAAAGGUGCCUACUCGCACGAGAUCAUCGCCUUUGCUGCGAAAGUGGUCAAAUACAACCCCUACGCACUGCCCGAAGCGCCAAAGACGGCCUUCAUCUGUCACGUGUGCGCCAUCUGCAACACGAGCACAGAGGUCAAGCUGGUUGAAAGCUGUCUCAACUUUUUCGACAUUUUGGUGCGCUACAGCCACAUUCCCGAGCAAUCGCUGGUCGAGUUCAUCAACGCCCUCUGUCGCACGCUCAACAUCGAGGCGUGCUGCCAGCGCAGUUGGCAGUUGAUGACCAACGUGCUCAAGAGCCCGUGCGGCCACCAGGGCGUCAUCGCGCUCUGCGCCACCCUCGACAAUCCCGACAACGUGCAUGUCGUCAACCUCCUGCGCGGCGCCGUGUUCUACCUCAGUAUGGCUUCAUGGGGCAGCUACAGGAUUUCGACGCUACACGUGACCCGCUCGGCCGUUCUGCCCUACCUGCUACGGGUCGAGUGGGACGUGAUUUUGCGCAUCAUUCGCAACCUCCUCCCCUAUUUGGUGGGCCACGAAGACAACGAGCAGUACUCCCUCAUCCCUGUCGUCAGGGAGAUUCUCGAGGUCAUUCACGAGCUGCACAAGAACUUCCAGUUCAUGGGUCCCACGGAGGCGCUGAUCGAGCUGCUGGAGGAUUUUAGCGCCUAUUGCAGGCACGACACGGUCACGCAUCUCAUCACCGAAAAGCAAGUGCUGCGGGAGCACCGCGCACCAAUCCAAGUCAAGGCGCUGAGUGUUCUGGAGCACAUCUUCACCGAUUUCCACGUCCUCUACGGCGACGAGAUCAUAUCAGUCAUCCUGCCCGUCUUCGAUGCCAUCUACGCCAGCGGCACUGUCGCCCUCACCCGCUCCGUCUAUCGGAGGGGGCUGGAUUUCCUCGUCCACGCCGCGUCAGUCACCAAGAGCAACAAGUUCUUUGCGGUUGCUGAUGUAAUGGAGAAGGCCUCACGGUGCAAGAAGGACGGACUGCGCUACGAUGCGAUCGCCGGCUUGAUCCGGCUCUUUGUGAAGAAGUUUACGCAGAAGCGACACGCGCACACGCUCCACCUGCUCGACGUGAUGCUCAAGCUGGCCAAGGAGCGGCACCCGACCCUGCGGGCCAAGGUGAUCGUGUUCCUGCUCUCGUUCCGGGCCAGCUCUCGCUACCUGAUGCAACUGAGCCUGCACCGCUACGUCAAGCCCGAACAACAACAGCAGCCCGACGACAACACCACCAACACCAAGGACGCCGCAGCUGCGAUCGCAGGCGGCGGCGGCGAGAGUCUGUCGAGUGGGAAGAGUGGCACCACCGGUGAACCCAAGCGCAAGAAGGGCUUCACGUCGCCGCUCACGUCGCCCCGCGGCAAGAAGGAGGCCGCCGUCAAGGACAACGAGGAGAACUCCGUCGCCGGCACCAGCGCCAAGGACCCCGCCGCCGCCAACCGGCCCUCUUCGCCGCCACCGCACGACCCGAGGAAGAAGGAAAGCGUGGGCCUGCUCGCCGUGGGUCCGCUCCUCGACACGCUCAUCUCGGCUCUUCAAAUCGAGCCUGUCUAUGAGAUCUUCGUCGUGGUGGCGCGCGGGCUCAUGGAAAUGCUGAAGAACUACUAUAUCCUGCGCGCUGCGGACGUGUGCAGCCUCGCCUCGGUGCUGUGCAAGCUUUUGCGCAGCGGCACCUUCGGCGCCUGCGUCGAUCCCACCGUGCGCAAGGACAGCGCCGUGCGCGGACGACUCCUCGAGAUGGGCUACGAGCUGCUGAUCAUGCUGGUCGGCUACCAAUCGCAGCUGAAACCCAAAUACCGGGAAUAUUUGAUCUCGUGCCUGUGCGAGGGCCUGACCUCCAACCUGUCCUCGAUUCCGCCGCACUCGGCCCUGGCCGUACAGCGGAUCUGCAUCAACGGCCUUUCCAUCGGUCUCAGCGAAGUGCCCGAGUCCAUGACCCAACGCAUCUCGGCCAUCGUGGGCGACAUGCACAAAGUGUGCGAACGCAACCUGGGGCCAAAGCGACACCUCCAGAUGCCUGAGAAGUCUGAGCUGGCCCGCCAUGUGCUCGAGUUCUUCUCCUUCCUCUUGGAUGCGCCGUCCAUUCUGUCAGCCCUCAAGGACGACGACCGCCAGCGGCUCUUCCUCACGCUCAUGCUCCUUACCGACCAGACCGAGUUUGCGCCGCACGUGUCGAAUCACGCCUAUAUCGUGUGGGCCGACUUCUUCAUGGCGUCGCCGGUCCAUUUGCGCCUGGGGUACUACCGCAUGGGAGCCAACUACCUCGUACAGAGGCUUGUCAUGGACAACACGCAGGCCAGCGGCGCCGCCAAGGUGAGCGCCGGGGACUCCAACUACCUGCUCAUGGCCACUCUCGAUCUGUUCGCCCAGUCGGUCUUUGGCAACUGCGACAACACCCCGCUGCCUCCGCCCGAAGACUCGUUUCUCUUCGAGAACGCGCAGGUCAGGAACUGGGCGCAGGGCAACUGCAUCAUAAAGAUGCGCGUGGGCAAGAUGGGCUGGGUGGAGGUCGUGGUGAGACGACCGGCCGGCAGCCAGCGCUGGAUCAUGCAGAUCCAGAACGUGAUCCAUCAGGUGGCCGCUCCGGUGAACACCUUGAAAGUCGACGAGCAACUGAAAAAGUGUAUCGAGGAGGCACCCUGGAUGUUUACGCACUUGCAGGCCGGCGACUCACUGCUGCACGACCGACAAACGAAGCUGAUCCCAGAGAGAACGGUGAGCGAUAUCGGCGCCAGGGGUCGACCUCUCCUGCACCGCGAGGCCAGCCGUGCGGUGCUCACCGAGUCGCGAGAGCUACAAAUGCGGCCGCGGGAGGAGGCCCCGCCGGUGGUGAUGCUGGCCAAGCGCUCCCGCUCUGCGCCGUUGCUUCGGCGCGGAUCAUCAGCGCGGCUGGACGAGGCCGACGACACGACCACCGCAGGCGACAGCUCCAGCAUUGGCAAUCUGCCCCCGACCACGACCGGUGCCUCGGCGGCCACCACGGGGCAGACGGACCCCAUGCUCGGCCUCAUGUUGGACAUCGGCCACGCGAUGGGGUCGGCCGAGCUCGACAGUCCGAAUUCGGCCAGGGCCGACGCCGAGGCGGAGCCGGCCAAGCCCGCGAGUCGCGAGUCGUCCUUCGCGGCGGAGGAGAGGCCCAAGCGAGACAGGAGCGUGUCGGAGAAGAUCACCGCCUCGGGCGCCGUAAAGGAGGGAGCACAGGCCAGGGCCGAUGCCGCCGCCGGCUUCACCGCCCGCCAACACAGCAUCCCCUGCACUGCCCAACCAAGCACCGCCGAAAACGAAGAAAAAGGAGAAGAAGAGGUGCCGCCGGCCUCGCCCCCUCGGGCCAGCGCGGACGCCCCGACCGGCGAGGCCCAUGGUGUGGCGUCGGGCUCCUCCUCCUCCGGGGAGAUCGUCACCAGCCCGCCGCGCAAGUGGACCGACCCCUCGACCGACGAAGUCCACGCCGCUCCGGCCGCGCCCGCGACGACGCCCAUCACAGCCACGACGGCCGCGGCUGCGGCGGUAGAAGGCCAGGGCGCCGGCGCCGAGGUCCCGACCACGCCCUUGUUGGCGGUCGACCCGGCGAGGAGGGGCGAGCCCAGGGGCAAGGAGAAGAUCGAGCACUGGCGCAAGAAGUUCAUCUCCAAGGUGGGACCGCACCACGGGGUCCGGGUCGUGCUGCCGCCGCAUGCCGACGAGGGCGUCGAGCCGGACGGGGCCGACAUCCCCCGCCGACGCUCAUUUUCCGAAAUCGCGCACGAGGACGCCAACGCCAACCUUCACAAGGCACCAACUCCCCUCUCUGCGUCGUGCGCUAAGAGGAUGCACAGGCGACACGCGUCGACGGUGGAGUUUUCGCUCUCGGUGUUCUAUCCGCCGCUGCCCUCCUACGAGGGCUCCGAGGAGGAGAAGUCGCCGCCUCUCUUCGUCCCACCCCGACACGGCGGCGACGCCCUGCUGUGGAAGCGCGGGCGUUGCGUGUCGUACGAGCACGUCGAUCUGACGAACCAGAAGCUGAGCAUCGAGGGCCAGAUGCUGCUUCACGCUGUGAGCUCGUCGCCCAAGUCCCUCGAGGAGCCGGCGCUGCUCAUGCGCGCCUCGCCGCCCACCGCCAACGAUCCCGACCACUCCGCGGAAGCUUCCGCGACCGACCACCCGCCCGUCAUCGGGGACAUCGAGAAGGAGGACCUCGGCGGCGCUCAGGCACCUGCUGCGCCCAAGGCCGCGCCAGACGCAGGCCUGCUCGCUUUGCCCGCACCGACAGCGGCGGCCGGCAUGCUCCAUCACCAGCCCUUGGCUGUACCGCCGCCACCGCCGCCGUCGUUGACUCGCGUCGUGUCGCUCGAGCUCGACGCCUACACCCCGCCCGCGGCGGGCCAGCAGCCCGAAGACGACCUCACCGGCCUCUCGCUGGUGCAGGAGGUGCGGACCCUGCUCCCUCCCGAGUUCGACAUCUCGCCCUCGUCAUCGCUGGACAGCUCCAGUGCGCCGACCACCCCGCAGCGCAGCUCUGUAGUCGCGGCUGCCUCACCAAUGACGGAGCCGGUCAGUCCGCCGUCACUGCCGCCGGCCGCCGCAUCGUCGUCGAUGACCAUCGUCACUGACCAUCAUCACGGCUCCGAGCCCACCGGGGGCUCCACGGCGUCCACCCCAAACGCCAGUCGUGCGACUACCGACGCCCAGCAGCAGCCAACGUCGACCAGCGAGCGUCAGCCUUCAUCGUCGACAGAGGUCGAGGCGGUUGAGCUUCUGCAGGAUAGUGGAGAGACGGCCGUCACCGCCCACAAGUCCCCGCCCGCGGCGGAGGCGGCGGAGCCCAAGGCGGAAGUGGUGGGUGCAGCCUCGAGUGUUGCUGGAACCAGCGACCACCAUAAGGGCGGCCUUGCGGUCGACGAUCAGCACCACCACCACAAGCAGCUGAAGGAGCCCAAGAACAAGGGCGGCAGCAUCAGGAAGGAGAAGGACGAGCUGAUGCUGCUCGGGAAUGGCCUGAUCUCGCCCAGCUCGAGCGGCAUGAUGCUGCGUGCGCGCGAGCCCGACGAAAAGGAGGCGGACGAGGCCGACGCGCGCGCGCCGGAGCUGGAGAGGGGCAGCCCGAGCCCGAGCUUCUUCAUGCCACCCCGGCCGCCCGCCGAACGCCACACGGGCGCAGGCGGCGACUUCACGCCGCCCAGGCCCACGUCGACGGGCGACGAGCCUCCGUCCGGGGCUCGCAAGGAGCGACGCACCUCGCUGCUCCACAACUUGUUUUCGGGCUACGCCAAGCCGUUCAAGAUUCCCUCGACGCUCUUCGACAUCCACCCGAGCUUCGUGUUCUCGCAGAUGAAGAACAUCCCCUUCAUCGAAGACUCGCCGCCUAAAGAGCUAAAGUCGGGCGACGAGGCGCUGACACGCGCGCUCUCCAUUCUCGAUCGCACGCCCACGACGGUGUGCGCCAAGGUGGGGAUAAUCUACGUGGGCGAACACCAGGAGACCGAAGAGCAGAUCCUGGGCAACACCGCAGGCUCGCCCCGAUACUUUAGCCUGCUUAAUCGUCUGGGCGACAAGAUUCGGCUCAAGGAUACGGCCAUGUACGCAGGUGGGCUCGACACCAGGGAAGACAGCGACGGCCACUACACCAUCCACUGGCGCAGCGUGUCCACGCAGGUGGUGUACCAUGUGGUGACGAUGAUUCCCAACCAACUGCACCUGUACCGCAACUAUCAAAACAAGAAGCGGCACAUCGGCAACGACAACGUCAACAUUGUCUACUCCGACUCGCCCAAGGAGUUCAAGCAAGACACCAUCCAGGGCCAAUUCAAUUUUGUUCAUAUCGUGGUGCAUCCGCUCAAGGAGGGGUUCUACCGCGUGGAGGUCAAGAAGAAGCCGCAGGUCCCCUCCUUCGGCCCCAUCACCAGUGUACAGAUCGUCUCCGAACGAGCCAUGCCUACCCUCGUCCGCCAGGUGGCGCUGUCGGCCAAUCUGGCGGCGUGUCUGGUGCAGGACCCGCACCUCCAGCGCUACUCCAACCUGGAGGAACGCCUCCGUCAGCUGCGCAAGGUCGCCGAGCGCUUCGCCAAGCCAGAGUAG